GGGAAUGCGGCUUUCGAUGCGGCAGUUAUUGUCGCUCUUUGCUGCUGCCGCAAUGAGGUCUUGCAUCCUUGUGGCUCUUUGCGCGCUGCUGAUCCAGCUGGCGAGCGCCCACAUGGCGGUUCCCUGCCAAGGCACCCCCUACUACGACUGCUACCAUUACUGCCGCGGCAGCUGCCACGGGCGGGAGUGCUUCCACCGCUGCAACAGCGGCUGUGGCUGCCAGGAGGCUUUCAUCGUGAGGAACAACGGCGCUUGCCGGAAGCUGGAGGUGUGUCAAGUCGGCGACGACGAUGAGCACUACCCGGACGAGCAGAAACACAUGAUACCAUCGGAUCUAGAUUCCUUACCACCGGGGAAGGUUGGAGGUGGACGUCCGCAAUACCCACCGGCUGGUCCUGAUCUGGGCAGUAAGCUGCCCCCGGGCUUCGAAAACUCCCAGAACGGGCACAAACACAGAAUUAAACCAUCGGAUUUGGAUUCCUUACCACCGGGGAAGGUUGGAGGUGGAAGUCCGCAAUUCCCACCGGCUGGUCCUGAACUGGGCCGUCAGCUGCCCCCGGGCUUCGAAGACUCCUACGACUCCUACGCAGAUAAUGGGGAAGAGUCAACGGGUGUGAGGGAGCCUGACGAUGCAGCCUAUUCCUCACUUAGCGAUGAAUAUAGCUCAUAAAGCACCUUUUUUCUCCAUAAAUUGUGUUUAUUCUUUGUAGUUGCUCUGCGAUAAUUGCUAACACUGAAAACAACACAACGAUACAC